AGCUGCCCAGACCGACGCACCCCCCCCCAAUUCCAUCCCGUGGGCAGCACGUCAGCGGGGCACCGCGGCUGGGAGGGGCACACGCACGCCUCCUUGCCUUGGCACCGGGCGGCGCUGGACCUCCGGGCCGGCAGGGGGCGCGCCACGGCGCGGCCGCCUCGCUCGCGGAUAUCCCGGGCGGCCCGGAAGCUGCGGUCUUUUCCUGGCCGAGCGCAGCCAUGGCUCGCGGCCCCAAGAAGCACCUGAAGCGCGUGGCCGCGCCCAAGCACUGGAUGCUGGACAAGCUGACCGGCGUCUUUGCACCCCGUCCAUCGACAGGCCCUCACAAGCUGAGGGAGUGCCUUCCACUCAUCAUCUUCCUGCGAAACAGGCUGAAGUAUGCCCUGACAGGAGAUGAGGUCAAGAAGAUCUGCAUGCAGAGAUUCAUCAAGAUCGAUGGCAAAGUCCGCACAGACAUCACCUACCCCGCGGGCUUCAUGGAUGUCAUCAGCAUCGAGAAGACAGGCGAGCAUUUCCGCUUGGUGUACGAUACCAAGGGUCGCUUUGCUGUUCACCGCAUCACAGCUGAGGAGGCCAAGUACAAGCUGUGCAAGGUGAGGAAGAUCUUCGUGGGCACCAAAGGAAUCCCUCAUCUGGUCACCCAUGAUGCCCGCACCAUCCGCUAUCCAGAUCCCCUCAUCAAGGUGAACGAUACAGUCCAGAUUGACCUGGAGACGGGCAAGAUCACAGAUUUCAUUAAGUUUGACACAGGAAACCUGUGCAUGGUGACAGGCGGUGCCAACUUGGGCCGUAUUGGUGUGAUCACCAACCGGGAGAGACACCCUGGGUCAUUUGAUGUGGUUCACGUGAAGGAUGCCAAUGGCAACAGCUUUGCCACCAGGCUCUCCAACAUCUUCGUUAUUGGCAAAGGCAACAAGCCAUGGAUCUCCCUGCCCCGUGGAAAGGGCAUCCGCCUGACGAUCGCUGAGGAGAGAGACAAGAGACUGGCAGCCAAGCAGAGCAGCGGCUAACUGCAGCUCAGGCUGGCAGUGCUCCUGGCAGUGUGUUAAUUAAACUGUUUACCAAA